GGCUUUUCGGGUUUUGUGGAGGCCAAAUUUGAGCAAAUCGGCAGUGGCGAAGGUGCUCGCCAGCCACUGCUUUUUGUGUCUAUCGACCAAAAAACUCAUUUAAGGCCGCCUUGCGCAAAAAGCAGCGGCUGCCGCCCCAUAUUGACAAAAGUCGGUUUAUUCCCUCUAGGCUGCCCCGAUACGCUCGUUUGGGGCGCCCGGGCGGCUAAAUCCCCCGGGACCGUCUGAGAUGUCCGACGCGGUGGCUGGAAAUGCCCGAGCCAAAUCUCGCCUUAAUUGGUGGCGUUUUCGGCCCGACGCGCGUUCACGUCGAGAACGCGGACCACACAUAGACCGACAUCCCAUGGGCCGCUGCCGCUGCUUUUUGUCUCAGAUCGUCGACGGCCAUACGGACUACGAUAUCCGACGCUGCGGUGGCCCGAUCGGCGCGAUACGGGGCAGCCAAGGGCUGUCGAGCGUCAUUUUUCAUGGUUUUUGGCCGGUUUCUCUGCGAGACGCAGCCCAAUCGCUGCCGCGUCUUUUGUCGCGUGUCGAUAGGUUAUUAUGACCUUUCUUUGUCAGUGGGUUUGUUGCACGCGGUUGCCCGCGCGUCGAGCUACGGGCUAAAAGCCCUAAAAAACUGAGUGCGGGUCUCCCUCACCGUCGUCGAACCUACUAGCCAGGCCGCUGGGCUCUCAGGCCGGCGCUACGCAUAUGCGCAUCCUCGUUCAUCUGUCACGCUUUGGAGGCGCCAUCAUCGUCAUCGCAUCACGAUCACAAAGUCGUGACACAGCAGUGCUGCCCCAUCAGUGAGGCAGCCCCAUCCAUCUGUGCUGCCCAUAGCCCUGACAACUAACAUAAAGAUGGGUGCCGCGGCCUCGGUCGACGAGGCCGCGCAGCCACCGAAGCCCAUCGUCCUGAAGGCCCUGCCGGACGCGCUGGAGCAUUGCCUCUACGUCGACGAGCGGUGGCCCCUCGUGCUCGACCCGACGGAGCAGGCGUCGCGCUUUUUGAGAUAUCAGCGGGGCUGCUUUCUGUUGGGAGAGAGCCAGCAGGACAUGGAGCGCGACCACCUGCGCCGGCUGCUCGUGGGCUGCCUCAAGUGCGGCUCGACGAUGUGCCUCGCGUACUCGUCCGUCGACACGCUCCGGGGCCUCGAGGCCGCCUUCGAGGACAACUACUUCCCGAGAGCCAUCCUGGACAAGCGCCAGUUAUUCCGCGAGGACGUCUGGUCGACGCUGCUCCGCCCGGACCAGGGCGACCCCGAGCCGCACGAGUUCCUGCCGCGAGACGACUUCGCGCUCGUCGUGGUCGUAGGGAAGGGCGACCCGCGCACCCUCGAAUUGCCAGAAGACGUGCGAGACGCGUUCUCGAUCGUCGCCGUCGGCGAGACGCCGGCCAAGACCGCUAACAAAGCACAAGACGCCGACGACGCCCUCGCCGAUACGUUAGGCGCGCGCGAAGUCCGACGCAAUUCACCGGACAUGGUCGAGCACGCGUUCGAGAACGAGAUCGACGACGUCAAGCGCUUGAUCGAGCAGGGCUUCUACGUCGAUAGUGUCGACGCGCGGGACAACACGCCUUUAAGUGAUGCGGCGGCGCAGGGCCAUUCUGAACUUGUGACGUAUUUGCUGGAGCUCGGCGCCGACCCGAACUCGCAGUCGGAUCUAGGUAGGACGCCGCUCUGGCGCGCGGCCUUCGGUGGGUUUUCAGCGAUGUGCACGCUGCUGCUCAAGAGCGGCGCCGACCCCUCAAUCACGAACCGCGACUUCGAGCGGCCCUUCGACAUAGCGUCGAACGAAGAAACGCGUGCCGUGCUCGAGGCGUGGGAUGAAAAGGAGACGCAGCGCCUGCUGAAGAAGCGGGAGAAGGCGAUGGAGCUCGCUUUGCAGGAGCGCCUCAAGACGGCGGCGCAGCGGGAGGCGCACGCGCGCGACGUGUUGCGCAACGAGCUUAUUGAAGCGUCUGUCCGAGGCGACGCGGCGCAACUCCAAAAGUUGCUCGACGAGGUUGUAGAAUUUGCCACGACGCACAAGGAGCGGCCGCGGUGCACGGCGAAUACUGCAAGAGACGAGCGCGGCGGCACGUGCCUGCAUCUGGCCGCGCAGCACGGGCACGUCGAACUCUGCGCCUUCCUGCUGACGCACCACGGGACCAUCGACCCGCCGACGACGCAGCCGGGCGACGAGUCGGUCGCCGCCUGUGUGGAAAUCAAAUUUACGGCGCGUUCGUCCUGAAUCGCCGCGUCGACCUCCACGCCAUCGACGCGACGCCUGCUCAAUAGCGUGGUUCCUCGGCCACCCGGCUCACUGGUUGAUUUAUGCACAGGUUGCCGCCAAGGUGUUCUGGACGAACCCCAACCGGCGGGAUGCCAAAGGCUGGACGCCGCUCGCCGUGGCGAUUUUUUGCGACCAGAAGAAGUGCGCCGAGCUGUUGCUGGCCCACGGUCCUGCGCAGCGCGUGAAUCAAACUUCACUCGACGUCGGUCCGAUGGCGUGGCGGUCGCCGAUCUCUCGCCGAGACGCUUGCACGCGCAGGCGCAGAUCCGACCAUUGCAAAUAGCUUCGGCCACACGGCGUAUGACCUGGCCAAGGACCAAAUCGCCGGCGACGAGCGGACGAUCCUGAAGGACAAGAGCGAGGUCCGCGCCGUGCUCGAGGAAUACGACGCGGAGCGACGGGCGGAGCGGCGGCGGCCGUCGAAGGACGCGGAGCCCCUCCCGCCGGAGGGCACGGCCAUAGCAAUGCAGCUCGAAGUCGUGGCCGACGCGAAGGCGCGAGAAGAAAAUGAGUCGACCGCGAAGGUCGCGACGGCGCUGGCGGCGAAGAAAUUCGCCAAGAAGACCAAGAAAAAAGCGAAAAACUCUCCUGCCUCCCGUCGUCGCGGCGGCACCGCUCGGCGGCGGGGAGCUCGUGACGCCCUCUGACGGCGCCACGGCCGAAUUACCUGCACCUCGCAGCAAAGCGUGCGAGGUGGAAGCGGAAUGCGCGGGCUCGCCGUGCCGCUGCCUCGGAGAAGACUGUGUAAAAGUGAACUACUGAUUCGGCUGGUGGCCUAGCUCUAAGCAAAGC